ACAAAGAUUGCCUGGAAUGAAGUAUCUCCUGAAACGAUUAGGAGAUGUUGGUUCCGCACGAAAGUUGUAUCUUCUCAUGAUGAAAAUGGAGUACCUGUUGCCCCCCAUGCUAUUGUUGAAAGCAUUGAUGAUGUGAAAGAAAACCCAUCUCCUGAUCCAAAUGAUGAAUUAACAGUCAAAGAACUUCAGCAGCAAAUAGACGUAUUACCUGUUCGGAAUCCACUGUCAAUUGAAGAUUUACUAAACCUUGAAGAAGAACAAGAAGCACACCACCAGUUUACUGAUGAAGAUUUGAUCCAAGCUGCGAUGGAAGUCAAACAGGUAGAAGAGGAAUUCAUAAUGCCAACCUUAACUGGAGAAGAGCAAUUGAAUAUUUUGCAUGGUGCCUUGAGGAUCGUGGAUGAAAGAAUCAAUGAUGGUGGUGUAACAAUAAAAUCCUUACACAAACUACAAUCCUGUAUUCGAGAAAAGGUUCGGAAAGAGAAGGCUGGGAAGCAAGUCCAAUGUAGAUUGGAUCAAUACUUCACUUGA